AUGACGGCCUCUUUCCUAGUCGAUCACUCUCCCCACCAGCCCACUGCCGCUGAAAAAUUGGCCUCCGCGAGCAAUCUCGUCCUCAUUGACAAUUAUGACUCCUUCACGUGGAACGUCUAUCAAUACCUCGUCCUCGAGGGCGCUACUGUCACGGUUUAUCGAAACGACAAGGUCACUCUGGACGAACUGAUCGCGAAGAAUCCUACACAGUUGGUCAUCAGUCCUGGACCUGGCCACCCAGACACCGAUUCAGGAGUCAGUAAAGAUGCCAUCAGACACUUUGCGGGGAAAAUACCUAUACUUGGCGUAUGCAUGGGACUGCAGUGCAUUAUAUCGGUGUUCGGCGGCAAGGUGGAUGUUACUGGAGAGAUUUUACAUGGCAAGACUUCGCCCCUGAGACACGAUGGCAAAGGAUGCUAUGCUACACUGGCACAAGACUUGCCGGUAACAAGAUAUCAUUCCUUGGCUGGAACACACCCCACGCUGCCACAGUCGCUAGAAGUAUCCUCUUGGAUUGCAAAGGGCGCUGAUGGCGGUAAGGGCGUCAUCAUGGGAGCCCGCCACAAGGAAUACGUUGUUGAAGGCGUCCAGUUUCAUCCCGAGAGUAUCCUGACCCAAAAUGGCAGUCUCAUGUUCAAGAACUUCCUGAAAAUGACCGGAGGGAAGUGGUCCGAGAAUCCUCAUGUUGCUGCUCCAGAACAGCAAACGAAUGGAGUAGCCAACACUACAUCCCCCACGAAAAAAGGGUCUAUCUUGGACAAGAUCUAUGCUCACAGGCGGAAAGCCGUUGCCGCACAGAAACAAAUCCCUUCCCAGAGACCAGAAGAUCUUCAAGCCGCCUACGAUCUUGGUCUUUCCCCUCCUCAAAUCUCUUUCCCCAAGCGACUACGGCAGUCGGCGUAUCCGUUGGCGCUGCUGGCUGAGAUCAAGAGAGCAUCUCCUUCGAAAGGCAUCAUUUCGCUUGGGACAUGUGCUCCUGCUCAAGCACGAAAAUAUGCCACGGCUGGGGCGAGUGUCAUAUCGGUGCUCACCGAGCCUGAAUGGUUCAAAGGCAGUCUGGAAGACAUGCGAGCAGUCCGACAGAGUCUUGAUAGCAUGCCAAAUCGACCAGCAGUGCUAAGGAAAGAAUUCAUCUUCGAGGAGUACCAGAUUCUGGAAGCUCGUCUAGCCGGCGCUGAUACAGUGCUGCUCAUUGUCAAGAUGCUGGAUGUCGAGACUUUAACCAGGUUAUACAAAUACUCUCGGUCUCUUGGAAUGGAGCCUCUAGUGGAAGUGAACACAGCGGACGAGAUGAAAAUUGCUGUCGAUCUCGGAUCCGAGGUCAUUGGUGUCAACAACCGUGACCUCACCAAUUUUGAAGUUGACCUUGGCACAACCAGUCGGCUAAUGGACAUUGUACCCAAGACCACCAUCGUGUGUGCUUUGAGCGGGAUCUCCGGACCUGAAGAUGUUCAAGCGUACAGGAAAGACGGUGUCAAGGGAGUCCUUGUUGGAGAAGCCUUGAUGAGAGCUUCGAACACAGUCGAGUUCAUCACGAAACUCGUAGGAGAUCCUAAUGUUGAACCCAGGAAGAAGACCCAGUCCCCUCUGUCUGUCAAAAUCUGCGGCACGAGGACCCCAGAAGGCGCCAAAGCAGCCAUUGAAGCAGGUGCAGAUUCCAUCGGCAUAAUCUUGGUACCCGGUCGGACGCGCUACGUCUCAGAUGAGGUUGCUCUACAGAUAGCAAAAGUCGUCAAGUCUACACCAAACCCAUCCACAAGACCUGCUGAUUCUUCAGAGGUUGGCGCUACUGAAUACUUCGAUCAUUCCUCAAAAAUGCUUGUGAGACCAGAUCGCGCUCAACUAGUGGGUGUCUUUCUGGAUGCACCGCUUGAGCAUGUUAUUGAACAAGUCUAUAAGCUCGGCCUUGAUGUCGUUCAGCUGCAUGGCUCCGAACCUAUCGAAUAUGCACGGAAUAUCCCUGUUCCUGUCGUCCGCAAGUUCUCUCCUUCAGAGCCCGGUAUUUCCGCUCGAGGUUAUCAUGCUCUCCCCUUAUUGGACGUUGGGGCUGGAGGCACUGGUCAACAGCUGAAUCUGGAUGAAGUCAAGGCCUUCUUCGACAGAGACCCGGGCGUCAAGGUUAUUUUCGCCGGCGGACUCAAUCCUGAGAACGUAAACAGGAUAUUGGAUUCCCUGGGCCCUUACCGAGCAAAUAUUGCUGGCGUUGAUGUUAGCAGUGGAGUCGAGUCGGAGGGAAAGCAGGAUCCUUCCAAAAUUGCCGCGUUCGUCAAGGCUGUCAAAGAAUAG